GCUUGUCAGUAUUUGUUGGGCAUAAUCUUCGAAAAUCAACAUUCACCAAUGCGAACUCAAAUUCUUAAUUAGAUUUCUGGCCAAUUAAAAUAUUAAGUAGCCGAGGGCACAACAAAUUGAAAUUGAAAAAAAUAGAUAAGGAGACUUUUGCUAUCAAAAGAAUGAAGUCCGAAGUGCAACCUAAACAGCAAAUGCAAGCCAAAUUGAAGCCUGGCAGCGUGCUCAGCGCCAUCGAGGAUAUACAACGCAUGUCGCCGGAGGAUAUUGUGCAGGAGUUUGAUCGCAUGGCGGAUCAGACACGGCGACAUUUCAGGGACGAGACUUUUAUACCCUGCGUCAAUGUGGCCGACGAGUUGAUCCGUUGCCUGCGCCACAAUAAAGAGCAAUCGUGCAUGUGCUUCAACGUGAUGGACGAGUAUCGACAAUGUGUUGGCCUCGCCACUCAGGCCUAUGUCGAUCGCAUGGCCGAGGACGAUGAGCGUAGACUUCGCGCUGCCGAUGAGUUGCCAGUGAUGCCGCCACAAUCGGUGCCAUCGCCGCCUGCGACGAUGACAAAUCUGAAGCCAGCUGGCGUUCAGGAAAUGGUGCGACGCAAACAACGCAGUUGGGUGAAGCCAUGGACUUGGUUACGUUGACCCCACAAGGACAUUAUAUAGUCUCAAAACUAAAUCCAACCUCUAAAACAUUCUCCCCACAAUCUGAGACUCUCACACACACACAUCUUCACAAUCAAAAUUGCAGGCUGCGCACCAUUUGGUAUUGUGGUGCUUGGCCCAUUUGACUCUUGCCCCUUGGAUAAAUCGUUUUACUAAUUAAACAGACGGCGUCUCGACGUCGCACAUUGCA